UUAAUUUAAGCCUCGUGUCAUUGUAUCACAAAGUAGUUCGCCUACAUCUCUUUAGGCUCGUUUCAUUUUCACAACAAUACGCUUCGCACUUCCUCUUCUUCCCUCCGCGACCCGGUGUUCAAGUGUGUGUGGAUAUCUUUCGAUUCCGUUUUUAUUUCACACUUUGCAUUCAUGCUGUGGGAUGACAAGUGACCAACAAGUUCAUGCAUACUUUCUUUGACCUUUAAUCGUUGACAUCAGCAUAUUUUACUAGCCUUUAUUUCUGUUGGAGUCUUAGAGAGAUGGGGACGGUCAUUGAUGACAUCAGACAGCUAUUAAAAGACUGUGAGCUGUUUGUUUUUGAGAUACUUCAUGAUGAGAAUCUCAGUAAUCCUGCUCAAGAGGCCAGGGAAAUACUCCUACGAAAUUUUCAUAUCAUCCAAAAGAGAUACCCACAAGAAUUCCCCCACAGAUUUGAAUCAAAUCUUGAAGAUAGUUCAGAUGACAACCGCAGCUCCAGUCUGGGACGCUCUGCCCCCUCGGAUGACAUGUCAGUGGCCUCUGACUACCAGGAGGAAGGUGCUUCUGAACUUUUUGAAGAGAUCCCUCUGGUGGCUCCACAGGACCUGAGUAACAUUCUAAAGCAAGGCUACCUGGAGAAGAAAAGACGUGAUCACAGUUUCUUCAGCAUAGAAUGGCAAAAGCGAUGGUGUGUUCUGAACAACACAAUAUUUUAUUACUUCGGGAGUGAGAAAGACAAGCAGCAGAAGGGCUCAUUUUAUAUCAACGGCUACAGUGCAGAGCUCGUGCCCAGCUUACGCAAGGACUCCAAGAAGAAUUCAUGCUUCGAGAUGACUGCUCCUGGAAGACGUUCUUACCAGUUUACUGCCAGCAGUCCCCGUGAGGCCAGGGAAUGGGUGGACCAGAUCAAUUUUGUUCUUAAGGAUCUGAGCUCUAACUUAAUUCCCUUUGACGAUGAUGAGGAAGAGGAGGCAGAAGAAGAGGAAGAGACAUAUGAUGACAUUGAACGAGCUACCACACCACCACCCCCACGUCCUGGGCCAGCAUCUGCUCCAGUUCCGAACCCGAGUCUGGGACAAACCUCCCAAAACAGCAGCAAGGAAUGGAAAGACCAAGCAGGGACUCGGGAAGAUGAAGACGAGGAUGAAGAGGACGAAGAGGACAUUUAUGAAGUGCUUCCAGAGGAUGAAGAUACUGACAAUGCUGAAGAGUGGGAUGAAAAGCCUGGGUCUUCAGAUUAUGCAAAUUAUUACCAAGGCUUGUGGGACUGCGAAGCUGAUAGACCUGAUGAGUUGGCCUUCCAGAGAGGAGAUCUCAUCUACAUCCUCAGCAAGGAAUAUAACAUUCAUGGAUGGUGGGUUGGAGAGCUGGAUGGUGCUAUUGGCAUAGUCCCCAAGGAGUUUUUACAUCCUGCUUAUAUUCUAUGAGGUUGGCUUUUUGCGAAGAUCACAGAAUGUUCAGCAUUAUAACACUUUAACACCUGUCAUGGUUUGAAAACCGGUCAAUGAUUAGAUUAGAAUGUGAAUUCAAGUAAAAAUUGCAUUUUAGUCCAUUUAUAGAACCAUAACCCUAUCUGAGACCAAAUUGAUUUGUAUAUAAGACUUUUUAUAUAUUUCAUGAUUAGUGUACACUAAGAGGUUUGUCUAGAUCUACAUUUCAUGGUUUUAUGAUUUGUUCAAACAUAAACCACAUUUAUUCAAAUGGUGUACAUAAGUGUAAGAACUUCUCAUUCAUCAUCACUUAAAAGCUGUUCUAUUUCAACAGCACAGAAAACAAUUACCCUUUUUAAUAUACAAUUAAGACCAUUACUGCGACGAACCAUCAUGAGUUAUUCUUUAGUGUGUUGAAAAGUUUUCUUAACUCUGCAUUUCUAUUUGAAAAUAGCUUAGUUCAGAAUUCAACUAACCAUUUCAGCAGAUAUUACUCCAUGGAAAUAACCUGUCAUACUAGUUUAAUUCAAAUAAAAAACCUUGGCACUUUGGACUUAAGUAUACUUUCUCUGUAAGAUUUAAUUACUUGUAUUCAUAUAGGAGCUGCAAAUCAAAUUAUUUCUAUAAUAUAGAUAAAAGUGAGUAAAACAAUAUUCAAGAAAAAGCACAACACAAGAACAGCACUUAAUGACGUGCUUUAAAUGUAUAGUAAAAUCAAUAGUUUAUUCAACAAAAUGCAUCACUCUUAAAACUGAAACCAUAAAGCUUCCAGAAUUUGUUGAAUCAGUUAUUUCAGAUGAAAAUAUAAUAUUCCAUCAUGUAAUAACUGUCAGCAUACACUCCAAAUAAAACCUCACACAGUAACUGCAUUGCUUCCACUUUAGCCUACAUGUACAUUUCAGAUGAACAACAUAACCUGCCGAAGUGAAAUACAGCAUCAAUGAGAGCACCUCUGCUUCUCAACUGGAGGAACAGACCUUCAUGGGCAGAUCCAUAAUCACUUAAACCCUAAGGAGGCUCAGAAACACUUGAAAUGGAUUCAAAAACAGAACUACAUGGAAUUUGGCUUUUCAAAAGAUAGAAAAAUUUUAUCCACUGUUGAAACCUUUCUUUAAUUAAA